GACUACACGACUGAUGUGUACAAAUGUAGCACUCUAGAUACCCAUUUUACCUAUUUUCAGGUCAGUCUUUGCGUAAUCUUUGGAAUGUAGCUUUAACCAGAUAACACAAUCAGUGUGACCCACGUACCUCGAAAUUUUAACAUGGCUGCAGUUAUCAUUUACGUAUUAUUUCUGAUAUAUCCAGUGAGCUCCUUGGCUGAUUUGAAUGUCAGGAAUCUACAAGAUCAGAUUGUAUCGUUACAAACUGUAGUUCAAAAUACGGUAACAGAGAUAGGAGUUCUUCAGCAAGAACACCUGGAACUCCAGCAUAAAUACGCUGUUUUGUGGGAUGAGCUGAGUAUUCUCAGAAAUGAACAGGGCAAGACUGAGUCAACUGGAACGAUUGGAUCUGGUGGAUCUCCAAGACAGCGAACAAACCCCCGUUAUUCAAAAACUAGAGCAGUCCUUCUAGAUAGCACAAGCUGCAGGUGUACUAAAGGCGACAAAGGCGACUCUGGACCCACAGGACCGAAAGGAAAUCGAGGGACUAACGGAACAGAUGGUAUAAAAGGUGAACGUGGAUUGAAGGGCGAUCCAGGAAUACCGGGAUUCAACGGGGACGAUGGACUAGAUGGUGAAAAGGGAGAACGUGGACAUAUAGGGUCCACAGGGCCCACCGGACAACAGGGACCUAAAGGGUCCACAGGGCCCACCGGACAACAGGGACUAAAAGGAGACAUGGGGAAAACCGGUAUACAGGGACCGAAGGGUGACACUGGAAUAACUGGACAGGAAGGACCGAAAGGGGAAAUAGGUAAUGCUGAUAUGCCCUACACACCCCUAACGUAAAUCACAUUUAUAAUGAGUGACUCGUAAGGGACGACAUACAAUGUAUCUAUGUGUCUUUUCGUGUCUGUUUCUUUGGGAUACUUACGAGUACGGGACCCAACCUUAUAUCAAACAUA